CUCGGACCCCGCGGCCCGCCCGGCGCUGCCGCCGGCGGGCACUCAGGGAUCAUGGCCCAAGUGCAAAUGUCUGCUCUGCCCAUGGAAAACGAGGAGUCCUCGGAGAGCAGGAUGGUAGUGACGUUCCUCGUGUCUGCUCUGGAGUCCAUGUGUAAAGAACUCGCCAAGUCCAAAGCAGAAGUGGCCUGCAUCGCCAUGUAUGAGACAGACGUGUUCGUCGUCGGAACCGAGAGAGGACGUGCUUUUGUCAACGCCAGGACCGAUCUACAGAAGGAUUUUGCAAAAUACUGCAUUGCCCAAGAAACGCAGGAGGCCAAGCCCCCGGGCCCCUCAAACGGGAUGCCGAUGGAGUCAGGAGAAACGGAAAUACUCAGAAAAGCGGUUGAGGACUAUUUCUGCUUUUGUUACGGGAAAGCCUUGGGGACGACGGCAAUGGUACCUGUUCCGUACGAGAAGAUGCUGCGAGACCCCGGGGCCGUGGCCGUGCAGGGCCUUCCAGAAGGAGUGGCCUUUCAACCCCCUGAGAACUAUGGUCUCGCCACCCUGAAAUGGAUCUUGGAGAACAAAGCGGGGAUUUCAUUCAUCAUAAACAGACCUUUCCUAGGUCCAGCGAGUCAGCUAGGUGGGCCUGUGGUGGCCACAGACGCUAAGAGGUCGGUGACGUCGCCAAGCGAAAGCUGCGGCCCCGUCAGUGUGAAAACUGAGCCCAUGGAAGAUUCUGGCACCGCGGUGAAGACGGCGGCUGUGUCCGUCAAGAAGGAAUCAGAAGAUCCUAAUUACUAUCGCUACAACACGCAAGAAAGCCAGCAUCCUUGUGCCAGCGGCGAAGUAACAGAAAUGGAGUUACCCAUGGAAGAUUCCACUCCGCGUGUCCCUUCAGAAAUGAGUGAGGACCCCAAAGCUGAGGUGAAAAUCGAAGGAAGCACAAAUUCAUCCAGCGUCAAAAAUUCUGCGGCUGGUGUUGAAGAUCUUAACAUUGUUCAGGUGACAGUUCCAGAUAAUGAGAAGGAAAGAUUAUCCAGCAUUGAAAAGAUAAAACAACUAAGAGAACAAGUCAAUGACCUCUUUAGCCGAAAAUUUGGUGAAGCCAUCGGGGCAGACUUCCCCGUGAAGGUCCCCUAUAGGAAGAUCACGUUCAACCCUGGCUGUGUGGUGAUCGACGGCAUGCCCCCGGGCGUGGUCUUCAAGGCCCCUGGCUACCUGGAAAUCAGCUCCAUGCGAAGGAUCUUGGAUGCCGCAGAAUUUAUCAAAUUCACGGUCAUCAGACCCCUUCCAGGCCUGGAGCUUAGCAAUGUGGGAAAAAGGAAGAUAGACCAGGAGGGCCGCGUCUUUCAAGAGAAGUGGGAGAGAGCGUAUUUCUUCGUGGAAGUGCAGAAUAUUCCCACGUGUUUGAUAUGCAAACAGAGCAUGUCCGUGUCCAAGGAGUACAACCUGCGGCGCCACUACCAGACGAACCACAGUAAGCACUACGACCAGUACACGGAGAAGAUGCGCGACGAGAAGCUCCACGAGCUGAAGAAAGGGCUCCGGAAGUACCUCCUGGGGUCACCCGAAAUCGCGGGUCCCGAGCAGAAACAGGCGCUCGCGGCCACCGUGAGCCCGAAGGAAACCACGGCCGCCGCGCAGCCCGUAGAAGACGUGGCCGGGCACUUAUGGGAGAAGUUACGCGAAAAAAUCAAGUCGUUCGUGGCCUACUCUAUUGCGAUCGACGAGAUCACGGACAUCAAUAACACCACGCAGCUGGCCAUAUUCAUCCGCGGCGUGGAUGAGAACUUCGACGUGUCAGAGGAGCUCUUGGAUACGGUGCCCAUGACAGGGACGAAAUCCGGCAACGAGAUGUUUCUGCGCGUCGAGAAGAGCCUGAAGAGGUUUAACGUCGACUGGUCAAAACUGGUCAGCGUGGCCUCCACGGGCACCCCCGCCAUGGUGGACGUGAACGACGGCCUGGUCACGAAACUCAAGUCCAAGGUGGCCACCGUCUGCAAGGACUCGGACCUCAAGUCCGUCUGCUGCAUCAUUCACCCGGAAUCGCUCUGUGCGCAGAAGCUGAAGAUGGACCACGUCAUGAGCGUGGUGGUGAGCUCGGUGAACUGGAUAUGCUCGCGCGGGCUGAACCACAGCGCGUUCACGACGCUGCUGUAUGAGCUGGACAGCCAGUACGGCAGCCUGCUCUACCACACCGAGAUCAAGUGGCUCAGUCGCGGGCUGGUGCUCAAGCGGUUCUUUGAAUCGCUGCAAGAAAUCGACGCCUUCAUGUCGUCCCGAGGCAAGCCCCUGCCUCAGCUGAGCUCUCCGGACUGGAUCAGAGACUUGGCCUUCUUGGUCGACCUGACCACGCACCUGAACACGCUGAGCAUCUCCCUCCAGGGGCACUCGCAGGUCGUCACGCAGAUGUACGACCUCAUCCGGGCGUUCCUGGCCAAGCUGUGCCUUUGGGAGACGCACCUGGCCCGGAACAACCUGGCCCACUUUCCCACGCUGAAGUCGGUCUCCAGACACGAAAGCGACGGCCUCAACUACAUUCCCAAAAUCGUGGAGCUGAAGACCGAGUUCCAGAAGAGGCUGUCUGACUUCAAAGUCCACGAAAGCGAACUGGCCCUGUUCAGCUCCCCGUUCUCCGUGAGGGUCGAGAGCGUGCACGAGGCGCUCCAGAUGGAGGUCAUUGACCUGCAGUGCAACACGGUGCUGAAGACGAAAUACGACAAGGUCGGGGUCCCCGAGUUCUGCAAGUACCUGUGGGGCAGCUACCCGAGGUACAGGGUCCACUGCGCCAAGAUCCUCUCCAUGUUCGGGAGCACGUACAUUUGCGAGCAGCUGUUCUCCAUCAUGAAACUGAGCAGGACGAAAUUCUGCUCGCGGCUCAAGGACUCGCCGUGGGAUUCCGUGCUCCACAUCGCCACAUGACGUGGAAGGCAUGCCCGGCCGCGCCCCGCGGACGACUGGAACCCUCUGCAUCCCAGGGACGGCGAGAUGAGAAGACGAUGUGUACGCGAUUUCCACUUUCCAGUUCUUUCCACCUCGAUUCGGAAACGCAACUUGCGGCAUCC